AAAUAGGAUAAGUAUGGAGGGACAAGCGCCAUAAGUGCAGGUGAAACGGAAAGAUUUCCAGUCACGACGGCCGCUGCCACCAAUCCAUAAAAAACACUGAGAAUACAGCACACAGCCACCCAAAGUUAGAAAGAGACCUGUAAACAAUAACAACAACAAUGGCAGUGUCCUAGCACAAAUCCCUGUACCUACUACGUAUGUCUUUCCAAAAAAGAAACAAAGAAAAGGGCGUUGUUGGGCUCUUCUUGUUUUCCUUUUCUUUUAAGUUUUCUUGAUUCUAACGUUAUUUGAAUGACGAAGAAGAGGGUGUUGUUCUGUGGUCAAGGGGGGCUGGACAAUGGAAGCCUUUACGGAAGUGAACAAGGGAAUAAUGGAAUACGUGACAAAGAACAUGAUGAAUUAUCAGGAGACGAUGCCAGCCAUUUUAGCCUUACCGGUGAGAUUCUCCCUUCUCUAGGUGCCACCGCUCGUAGCAACCGCCGGGUCAUUCUCCGUCGCUACAUUCUCUCUCCCUUCGACCCUCGCUACAGAUUAUGGGAUACUUUCUUGGUAUUUCUAGUUUUCUACACAGCAUGGGUGUCUCCAUUUGAAUUUGGCUACCUUAGCAAACCCAGUGGGGGUUUAGCCAUAGCAGAUAAUGUUGUCAACGGAUUUUUUGCCAUUGAUAUUGUUUUGACCUUCUUUGUUGCAUACCUUGACAAAAGUUCAUAUCUACUAGUUGAUAACCGGAAAAAGAUUGCUUGGAGGUAUACAAAAUCGUGGUUGGUCCUUGAUGUUAUCUCUACAAUCCCAUCUGAGCUUAUCAGGGAAAUAUUGCCUGAUAAACUUCAGUCAUACGGGUACUUUAGCAUGCUUCGCCUCUGGCGUCUCCGGCGAGUUAGUAAAUUCUUUUCAAGAUUGGAAAAGGAUAGGAACUACAAUUACUUUGUGGUUCGAUGCGUGAAGCUCAUAUGUGUUACUCUAUUUGUAGUUCACAUGGCCGGUUGCUUCUACUAUCGCAUUGCUGUAAAUUACAAGGAUCCAAGUAAAACAUGGAUCGGAUCCGUUUGGGAAGAUUUUCAUGGAGAGAGCCUGUGGAUUCGUUAUGUCAAAUCACUUUACUGGUCUACAACCACGCUCUCUACCACUGGAUAUGGUGAUUUGCAUGCUGUCAAUCCGCAGGAGAUGAUAUUCGUCAUGUUCUACAUGAUGUUUAAUCUUGGACUGACAUCAUAUUUGAUUGGAAACAUGACCAAUUUGGUUGUCCAUGCCACAUUCCGAACAAGGCAAUUUAGAGAUACUAUCCAAGCUGUCUCAAGUUUUGCACAAAGGAACCGCCUUCCGAUUCGGUUACAAGAACAGAUGCUUGCUCAUUUAUGUUUGAAGUACAGAACCGACUCGGAGGGAUUGCAUCAACAAGAGACCAUUGGUUCUCUUCCUAAAGCAAUUCGAUCGAGCAUUUCUAACUAUCUCUUUUAUUCACUUGUGGAUAAAGUGUACUUGUUUCGUGGGGUAUCAAAUGACCUGCUCUUUCAGCUGGUCACAGAGAUGAAAGCUGAAUACUUUCCACCCAGAGAAGAUGUAAUUUUGCAAAAUGAAGCACCAACAGAUCUGUAUAUUUUAGUCACUGGCGCGGUGGAACUUAGCGUGCGCAGGAAUGGAAUAGAGCAGGUUGUUGGUGAGGCUGCAACUGGAGAUGUUAUUGGUGAGAUUGGUCUGCUAUGUUACAGACCACAGUUAUUCACAGUUCGAACCAAACGGUUGAGUCAGCUCCUACGUUUGAAUCGAACUGCGUUCUUAAAUAUUGUCCAAUCAAAUGUUGGAGAUGGGACAGUAAUCAUGAACAACCUUCUUCAGCAUUUGAAAGAGCUGAAUGAUCCAGAGAUGGAAGGAAUUUUGCAACACACAGAGCUCAUGCUGACUCAGGACAGAAUGGAUUUACCUCUUACUUUGUGCAUCGCAGCAAUGAGGGGUGAUGAUCUAUUGUUGCAUCAGUUGCUGAAGCAGGGUUCAGAUCCAAAUGAGUCGGACGAAAAUGGACGAACUGCGCUGCAUAUUGCAGCUUCAAAUGGGAAUGAGCACUGUGUAGUCCUACUUCUGGAGUAUGGAGUAGAUCCUAACAUCAAAGAUUCAGAGGGCAAUGUUCCUCUAUGGGAAGCGCUACAGGGGAAUCAUAAAUCUGUAUUUAAACUUCUUUCAGACAAUGGGGCAACAAUAACUUCUGGUGAUGUGGGCCAAUUUGCAUAUACAGCUGCUGGGCAAAAUAACGUGGAUUUGCUCAAGGAAAUUGUCAAAUAUGGUGGAGAUGUAACACUGCCUGCAAGGUGUGGAACUACUGCCAUUCAUACAGCAAUCUCUGAAGGAAACACUGAAAUGGUCACGUUCAUCUUAGACCAAGGAGCCGAUGUUGAUAAGCCAGAUCUCCAUGGAUGGACACCAAGGGAUUUGGCUGAUCAUCAGGGCCAAGAGGAAAUUCAAGCUUUGUUCGAAAAUAGGACGCAGACGAAUAAAAAAAGGGUUUCCACAAUCCCAAAGCAUCCAGGGGUGCCAUUUGGUAGGAAGCCCAUGGCAAGGUAUAGUAGUGAACCUACAAUACCUCCAUUUUCUCCUUCUUUUCGUCAUGAUGUUAUGCCACCAGUCCCUGAAGUCUCAUGGCCUGAUAGACCUCGAAGGAGAAGGGCAGACAAUUUCCACAACUCUCUUGUUGGGAUGAUGUCAGUUGCUAGUACUGGUGAGAAUGACAUAAUUUCAUCCCCAGCCCGUUUUACUGGCUUCGCAAGUUUGAACUGUCGUGCUAGAGUGACUCUCAGUUGCCCGGAUAAAGGUGAAGUUGCUGGAAAGAUUGUUGCUUUACCAAAUUCACUCCAAGAACUACUUGAUAUUGGUUCCAAAAAAUUUGGGUGCAAUGCCUCCAAGAUUCUAACGAAGGAAGGUGCUGAAAUUGAAGAUAUGGAGGUACUUAGAGAUGGCGAUCAUCUUGUUCUUGUUAGUGAUGCUGGCACUUAAAGUUAAAUAUGUCAGUUGGUUUGAGUUCUGAGGUCAGAUUACCUAUCCAAGAUUCACGGUGGGCCAAUUUAUUGAUAAUGAAACAUGGUGAUCCUUCCUGUAGUCUGGCUUUGUCUUUCUAUCUUUCAAAAUUUUCUUCCGGAUCGUGUUGUAUAAAUAGAGAAACUGUGAUAGCAAAUAGGAGAUUAUG